AUGUCGGACUCAGAGCAGGAUGCAACUGUCCUCGGUAAAAGAACACGGAACGGACGCGAUGAAACUGAAGGUGUCACCGGCAGAGCUGCAGAGAAGACGGAAGCGGCUGCUGUUCCUGUGGAAGGAGACGAUGAAGACGACGACGAUGUCGGACCUAUGCCCUUACCAGCGGAGAGCAAUCGUAAUGGUGUGGCAAAAAAGAAACGAAAAGUGCUACCACAUGAGAAGUUAUACCUGGAACAUCUCCCCAGCGCCGACCGGUAUUACAAGAGCUUUAUGCACAGAGAUGUUAUCAAUUUCUGCGUCAUGACAAAAACGGACUUCUUGCUCACUACCUCUAUUGACGGGCAUCUCAAGCUGUGGAAGAAGCAGGAGCAAGGGAUCGAGUUCGUAAAACACUACCGUGCACAUCUUGCGCCAAUUAUUGGUGUUUCCGCGAGUGCAGAUGGACAAUUGUUUGCCAGCAUUGCGGAAGAUGGGAGUGCAAAGGUGUUCGACGUAGUCAACUUCGACAUGAUUAAUAUGAUCAAACUGGACUUCACGCCCCAUGCAUGCUGCUGGGUGCAUCGGCGAGGUCAAGCCCAAGGACUGCUAGCUGUUUCAGAUCGGGACAGUGGUACAAUACGUCUAUAUGAUGGACGCGGCAACGGGGCGCCUGUAGAGACGAUUGAUAGGUUGCAUCGGUUCCCAGUACAUCUGAUGACGUAUAGCGACAGAUAUGACUGUGUCAUAUCUGCAGACGAAGGUGGAUUCGUCGAGUAUUGGCAACCGUCGGAGUCAUAUGAGUUACCCAAGAACGUUCCGGGUCUGUGGUCAUUCAAAAGUAACACAGACCUUUAUGAAUUCAAGAAGUCAAAGUCGACUCCAACUUGCAUUACGCUCUCCCCCGAUUCUUCCUCUUUUGUCACCUUCUCUCUCCCUGACCGCCAGAUUCGUAUCUUUUCUUUCCUCAGCGGGAAAAUGACCCGGAAGUACGACGAAUCACUGGCUGCCAUCCAAGAAAUGCAGCAGGCUGGCACGGCAGUGUACAAGGUGGAGGAUAUGGAGUUUGGGCGCCGUCUAGCCGUAGAGAGAGAACUGGAGCUGCCAGGGCCAGAUGGUGUCAUGCCUGGCAGAUGGGCCAAUGUAAUUUGGGAUGAGAGCGGGGCUUUCGUGAUAUAUCCGACAUUGCUCGGGAUCAAAGUCGUGAAUACAUUCACAAACCGAGUUGUACGACUGUUGGGUAAAGACGAAACUGUUAGAUGGACAAAUCUUACACUAUAUCAAGGUGCGCCUGCGAAGAAGGGCCUGACUACUGCUGCAGCGGCAGCAUCAGCAAAUCCUUUGCUCGCGGAAAAGUCAACUCGGGACCCUACGCUCGUAUGCACAGGCUACAAGCGUCAGAGGUUCUAUCUGUUUACCCGCUCUGAGCCUGAGGAUGACAAGUUCGGCGACCGCGACAUCUUCAAUGAAAGACCUACACGUGAAGAGCAGACGAUCGCGACGUCUACUUCUGCGCUUGGCUCCGGCGGUCCCUCACCUGUCGCGAACGCUGCCACUAUCCACACGACCGUUGGCGAUAUGCACCUUCGCCUGUUCCCUCACCAGGCGCCGAAGGCGGUAGAGAACUUCGUGGGUCAUGCGCGCAGUGGAUACUUCGAGGGUAUCAUCUUCCACCGUGUGAUCCCUAAGUUCAUGAUCCAGACAGGAGAUCCUUUGGGAGACGGCACGGGUGGCACAUCUAUCUGGGGCAGAGAAUUUGAGGACGAGUUCUCUGAUGACUUGAAGCACGAUCGGCCAUACACGGUCAGUAUGGCCAACGCAGGACCCAACACCAACGGCUCGCAGUUCUUCAUAACCACGACAGCUACGCCAUGGCUGGACAAGAAGCACACCAUCUUUGGGCGUGUGUUGUCCGGACUGGAGGUCGUGCAUGCGAUUGAAAACGUCAAGACGAAUAAAAUGGACAAACCUUACGAGGAUAUCAAGAUCAUCAACAUCGACGUCGAAUAA